CAUGGCGACUGAAGAUGGGUUCGUAGUUUACCAGCGUGGCCAGAGUGAUAAUGACAGUGAUAUUUGGGAUGAUUCGGCCCUUAUUAAGGCUUAUGACAAUGCUGUGGCCAUCAUGAAAGCCAAAAUGUCGGAAAAAGAAGCAAACAUUGAAGAGCUUGAGAACUCUGGUAACAGCAGCAGGAGGAAAUCAAAGAGAAAAAGGAAAAAGAAGACAUUGAAAACCAAGAAACGGUGGAAGGUGGGUGAGCGUUGUCGGGCAGUGUUUACAGAGGAUGCAGGGAUAUAUGACGCUGUUAUCCUGUCCAUAAAUGAGGAGGACCAGACGUGUUUCGUGCGCUACACAGGAUAUGGAAAUGAAGAACAGCAAAGUUUGGCCAAUCUACUUCCUGCAAGCCGUUCAAACAAACAGAACUCUGAUAUAGAGAACAUGUCAGACAUGGAGUGGGCAGGUCAAAGCCCUUCAGCUCCCCAGUCACAGAGGUCAAAGUCAAGGACACAGAAAUCAACCAACCACAUGGCUACUGCUUUUGGCAGCUCUUCAUUCAUGGCUCCGCCUCCAUUUUCAUUCCCCGGCACAUUUGGCCCAUGGCCUAGAUCUACUGCAGGGAUGGGCGCUCCAUCUGUUUUUAUUAAGCUGACUGCACUUGAUCCUGUGUUCUGUUUUCAGCGUGUACCUCUGGUACCUCCCCCACCCCCACCUAUGGUUGAAGAUUUGGGUGAGGUAGAUAACGAGGCGUUGUGCAGCAUGCUUCUGUCCUGGUACAUGAGUGGCUAUCACACUGGUUAUUAUCAGGGUUUAAAACAAGGCCAUGCAGAUUCCAUGAGAUAGCACUACAAAAGAUGGUACCAUUAAAUAUUUAAUAAGAACUCACUGAAAUUGGAGCAAACUUUAGCUGCCUGGGGACACAUCAUCAAAAAUCUUAUGGAGUUUGAAGAGAACAUGUAAAAAUGAGGAGAGAAAAUUGUGAAGUAAAGAGCUCGUCAGACUAUUUAAGUGGUUGGAAUAUGGAGAACACUUUGGAGAACACAGAUGAAGGAAGGGCACAGAAUUUGAAGAGAACAGGUAAUUGUCAGGUACUAAGCCCACUUGACCCACUGCGAAAGUGGUUCGACAGUUCCUUAUGCAGAGUGCCAGAUGGCAGUGUGUACAUGUGUGGAAUGAAGAUAUCCCAGGAUGGAAAGUGGAAACCAAAGGUCAUCUCAAGGUCAUCAGCAAUGAGGACAAUUCAGAUAUCAUUUGACUGUCAUUUCAACUCAACAUUCACUCAGCAUUAUAAAGGAUUAAUACUUGAAAACGGAACAGUGAUAAGAACGGGUUGAGAUUAUCCAUCACACCGAAGUACCACUUUGUCCUAUGAUUGGUGUUAUUAUUUUGGUAUUGUUGCCAUACCAUUAUGGUAAUGUGAUUUGUACAUGUUUAUUUUUAUACAUGGAAGAAUCUCAGGUGUUUUUCCUCAGACGGAUUGAUAGUUGUAUUGAUCUACGCUAAUCCAAUCUUUACCAAAUUGAUCUGUACCAAACCAGUCCUGUGGUAUCUUUUAACCGCAUCAGGAAAGGAUCAACUUGUUGUAAAUUCUCCCAUCAAAGGGCAUGGAGUUCAAACUGACCAGGUGGGCAUAUUUCUGGUUUUCAUCUGAAGACCUCGUACAUCAUUUUAUCAUUGAAUCAUCUGCUGACUUCCCAAGUCAGUCCACCUCAAAACCAGUCAGCUUUUUCACAGAACAAACUGUCUUCGUUCAGCUUGUGAAAUCACAUUUUCCAGUUCAGUGAACUUUAAUAGGAUGUACAGAUUGCUGCUGCUGAGUCUUGCACAUUUAAGAAAAGGUUUUUAGUUUGAAAAAGUUUGAAUGUUGAUAUCAUUGCGUUGCUGGUGAUAAACACUUUUGUCAAGUUUUAAAGUGAACGCACGCGAGCAAUGUAUGUCCAUAUAACAAAUUAAAAAUUAAAGCUGAAAUAGUUGAGUCAGAGAGCUGUUGAUUUACAGUAAUGUGACAAACAUUCAGCCACAUAAAUGUUGAUGAAUAACUGGUCCCUGAGUAGAAGACUUCGUUCUUUGGAUGGGUUUCCCUAGGGGUCUGCCAGGUUUUCUCCCACUGUAAUGCUGGCCAUUGAAGUGUAAGUGAAAUAUUCUUGAAAACCACAAUGAAAUCAAUAAAAUUAAUUAUAUUUUUGGAAGUAAUGAUAAAUACAUGUAACGCUGUAAGUUGUGCACGAUACAGGCAAGAACCCAAGCUUGUAGGUUAUGAUGUGUACAUGUGUCCAGAGGUGAACAGUAUUCACAGAAAGGGGUUUCAUUUCUGUUUUUAGGCUAAAUCUGUAACUACAUGUGUUGAUUAUAUGUUUUU